UAUAACAUAUGGUUUUGCUAGACUCGCAUUAUUCAAAACUGAACUGAUUAAUGCCUCUGGCAAAUACGCCAAUAAAUAUAUAUGUGUGUAUUUAGGAAAGUUUAAUUUUACGUGAAAAUAUUAAACGUUGUUAAUUAAUAAUGAAAACGCUAAAUGGCGUAAGGAUACUGACGGCUUGUGUGAUAGUUGUUUUGAUAAUUUAUUUGUAUAACAGUACUCAAAAUCAGAAUUUAAAAGAAAACAGUUCGGAUAUAAGAAUAUUUUUUACAGAUGGCGAACAAAAGAAAGUGGUUUAUAAUAAACAUUUACAACUUUUCCUGGACGGACAUCCAUCUCCUGUUGUUGGAGGCAAAUCCUUGUUCAACCAUUCUUUAAGCUAUGAUCAAAUAAAUAGGAUUUCUCAUUGUCGGCAAUAUGUCGACUGGAUAAAAGGCGCCGAGAACUUUGCUAAGGACAGAUAUGUCUGCAUCAAUCAUCAUGAUUAUCUCAAAGAAAAUAAUACGAUACUUAUUGAGGUUGGAGGAAACUUUGGGUCAGAUGCUUCCUUGUUUACCGCCGUCUACAACCCACGACAUCUGAUAGUUGAGCCGAUACCGUACUAUGCUACACUUUUACAAGAGAAAUUCAAAGACAAUCCAAGGGUCACUGUUCUAAAUUUCGGACUCGGACAGAAGACGGAAACGAUUGCUAUAAAUUGAAUUCAAAGGCGAAGGUUCGAACAUUUAUUCGAAUGAUUUUGGUCAGAAGAAAAUAAAUGUAAGUGUCAUUAAUUCUACAGAAUUUUUCCAAAAUCUUGGCGUAGGAAUAUACAGUGUAGAUCUACUUUCUAUGGACUGUGAAGGCUGCGAACUUGAUGUUCUAGAAAAUCUACUAGAAACUGGAAUGGUGAAAUAUUUCAAAAAUAUUCAGCUCGAGAUACACACCUUGGCUUAUUUUAUUAUAGACAGGGAAGAUUAUUUAAGACGGUAUUGUACACUCCAGGAACAUAUGCGGCGGACACAUAGAUUAACGUAUCAAUACAAACACAUGUGGGAAAACUGGAGACUGUUAGAUUUGAAAUAAAAAUAGAAAUUUGAAAUACGAAUUUGUUAUAUCAGACUAGGAUAAAUCUAAUAAAAACUAAAAAUAUUAAUACAU